AUGGAUGCCGAGGAACGGUGCGAGGGGUUCAUGAAAAGCAAGAUUCAGCUGGAGGCCAAAGUGAAGGAGCUAAACGAGAGGCUGGAAGAGGAGGGGGGCAUGAAUUCUGAACUGGUUGCCAAGAAGAGGAACCUGGAAGAUAAAUGCUCCUCCCUCAAAAGAGACACUGACGACCUGGAGCUGACCCUGACCAAGGUGGAGAAGGAGAAGCACGUCACCGAGAACAAGGUAAAGAAUCUUUCCGAAGAAAUGACAGCGCUUGAAGAAAACAUUUCCAAACUGACCAAAGAGAAGAAAUCUCUGCAGGAAGCCCAUCAGCAAACACUGGAUGAUCUUCAGGUUGAAGAAGACAAAGUCAGCGGUCUCACCAAAAUAGAAGUCAGGCUGGAGCAGCAAGCAGACGACCUUGAGGGCUGCUUAGAGCAGGAGAAGAAACUGCCGGCCGACCCGGAGCGAGAGAAGAGGAAGCUGGAAGGAGACCUGAAGAUGCGCCGGGAGUCCCUCAUGGAUCUAGAAAAGUAG